AUGGACUCUACAAAGAGAAAGCCACAUGCUUUGUUGAUUCCAUUUCCAGCUCAAGGCCAUAUCAACCCAAUGUUCAAACUAGCAAAGUUGCUUCACCUAAGAGGCUUUCACAUAACCUAUGUUCACACUGAGUAUAACCACAGACGCUUGCUAAAAUCAAGGGGUCCCAACGCCCUUGAUGGCCUCUUAGACUUUCAAUUUGAGACCAUUCCAGAUGGCCUUUCUCAAACAGAUGCUGAUGCUAAUGUCACUCAAGACAUAGAGUCUUUAUGCAAAUCAGUUAAAAAGAACUUCCUCUUACCAUUUCGUGAUCUUCUUGCUAGACUUAAUCAUUCUUCCACCCCAGUUACUUGCUUGGUUUCUGAUGUUGUGAUGACUUUUACUACACAAGUUGCCGAAGAACUUGCACUCCCUUUGAUCAUGCUUUACCCGGCCAGUGCAUAUUCCUUAUUCACUUUUUUGCAUGUUCGUGCUUUACUUGAUAAAGGUCUCGUACCACUCAAAGAUGAGAGCUACCUAACAAAUGGGUAUUUGGACACUGAAGUAGAUUGGAUUUCAGGUAUGAAAAACUUUAGACUGAAAGAUCUUUCUAGCUUUAUAAGGACAACAGAUCCAAAUAACUUUAUGAUAGAAUUUUUCCUUGAAAUGGUGAAUAAUGCAAAGAGAGCCUCAGCUAUUGUUUUUAACACUUUUGAUGAACUUGAGAGUGAUGUGCUGAAUGCUCUCUCCUCUAAGUUCCAUUCUCUUUACCCCAUUGGCCCAUUCCCCUCAUUUUUAAAUCAAAGUCCAAACAACCAUUUGGAAUCUUUAUGUUCCAAUCUAUGGAAGGAGGAUACGGAGUGUCUUGAAUGGCUUGAAUCCAAGGAAUCAAAAUCUGUUAUUUAUGUGAAUUUUGGUAGCAUCACAAUUAUGUCUCCAGAGCAACUCUUAGAGUUUGCUUGGGGUUUGGCCAACAGCAAGAGACCCUUUUUGUGGAUCGUUAGGCCUGACCUUGUGAUUGGAGGCUCAGUGAUUUUGUCAUCUAAAUUUGUCAAUGAAACUUCAAAUAGAGGCCGAAUAGCAACUUGGUGUCCACAAGAGCAAGUGUUGAACCACCCUUCAAUUGGAGGAUUCUUGACUCAUUGUGGAUGGAACUCAACAAUUGAAAGUAUUUGUGCAGGUGUGCCAAUGUUGUGUUGGCCAUUUUUCGCUGAUCAACCAACAAAUUGUAGAUGUAUUUGCAGUGAGUGGGGAAUUGGGUUUGAAAUUGACACAAAUGUGAAGAGAAAGGAAGUGGAGAAACUGGUCAAGGAAUUGAUGGUAGGAGAGAAAGGAAAGAAAAUGAAUAAAAAAGUGUUGGAGUUGAAGAAUAAGGCGGAGGAGGACACUAGACCCGGAGGUCGUUCAUACAUGAACUUGGACAAAGUGAUUAACGAGAUAUUGCUCAAACAAAAUUAGAUUA